AUGCCAUUGAACAAGGUGAUUAUAGUCGGCGCAGGCCCCACAGGCCUAAUCCUAGGCCUCCUCCUCGCCAGGCAAGGAAUCCACGUCGACAUCCUCGACGCCGGCGCCACCCUCGACAAGCAGCCUCGCGCAGCACACUAUGCCUCUCCCGCAGCCUACGAGCUCGACCGUGCGGGCAUUCUCGACGAUGUCACGGCCCGCGGAAUCAAUCACAAGAAAAUGGUCUGGAGGAAGAUCGACACGGAUAUAGUGGCUACUAUGCGUCUUGAUCGUAUGCCCGAGGAACGGAAGCGGCAUUCUAUGGUGGUGCUUCCAUUGGGUCAGUUGGGAGAGAUUCUGUACGGUCAUCUACAGCGGCAAGCGACGGCGAGUGUGAGAUGGUCGCAUAAGGUCGUUAAGGUUGGUCAAGAGGAGUGUAUGGCUUGGGUUGAUGUUGAGACGAGGAAUGGUAAGAAGAGGUUCGAGGCAGAUUAUGUUCUUGGAUGUGAUGGGGCGAAUAGUACCGUGCGACGAGAGCUAUUUGGACCUGGAUAUCCAGGCGAGACGUUGAAUGCACAGCUCGUUGCUACGAAUGUCUACUACAACUUCGACCGCUACAACUACACCGACACAAACUUCAUCAUCCACCCCAAGAACUUCUACAUGGCUGCGCGCAUUACCUCAGACGGUCUCUACCGCGUAACAUACAGCGACACCCCAGGCCUCACGCGCGAGGAAUACAUCGCGCGCCAACCAUCGCGCUAUCAGGAAAUCCUUCCCGGAAACCCCAAACCAGGCGACUACCAGAUCACGAAUAUCAGCCCGUAUCGGAUGCAGCAGCGGUGUGCACCGUCGUUUCGAGUGGGACGGGUGGUUCUUGCUGCGGAUGCGGCGCAUGUUUGUAAUCCAUUUGGCGGUCUAGGUCUCACCGGCGGUAUCGCAGAUGCAGGCAGUCUCUUCGACGCGCUAAUGGGCAUCCACCUGGGCCUUUCUGAUGAUAGCAUCUUGGAUAAAUACAGUGAGGUGCGAAGGAAGACCUGGUCGGAUGUGAUUGAUCCCGCGUCUAGGGAGAAUUUCCGACGGCUGCAUGAGCAGGAAGCAAAUAAUGCACGGGAGAACGAUGUGUUUUUUAGGCUUUGCGUGAAGGCCGAGGGAGAUGAGGGGCUAGCGAGGGAGCUGGCUAUGGGACUGGAGGUGCUGAGACAUGACAUGACCCAAUAUUACAACAAAAAACCGGACACUGUCAAUGUUAGGAGUAAGCUCUAA